AUGGAGGUGAACGAGGACGAACCUACCAGUGCUACGGACUCCUUUUGGGGAAAAUGGAGGAAAAAUGUCGGAGAAAGAAUUCGUAUAAGAUCUAUAUGCGCGAGAGGCCUCAUACUUCCGAUCGACGAGGAGCCCCGACCGGUGGCUGUGUGGACAGAGAAGGGCGACGGAGUGAGGGUCGACGGUCCAGGGAUUUUCAAAUACGUACGACAGCGCUCCGAGGCCAAGUGGCUGAACUUCACUGCAGUUCAACGUGGUUCUGAGUUCUGCGUUUCCUCCGAGACAUUUCCGGGUGAGCUUUGUGAGAAGAAUCGGGACCGGCUGGAUCUCUGGACUGGCUCUGAGACUAAGUGGAACGUAGAACCUGCUAACAUAACUUCCGGAUGCAAUCAAUACUCCCUUCUUUAUCUCGCCUUGGAUCUGCACGACUCGCCCACCAAGCUGCUCUGGCGGCCGGGCGAACGCGCCGAGAGCUUGCGCUUGGGUUUAUGGCGAACUGGAAGUAGAAAAAAUGUAUUUAUAGUUCCCCGGAAAACCGAUUCACAACUUCAGUAUGACAUGACAUUUCAGCGUGUGUCUGAUGAUGCCUCCUGUGCUGUAACGAGUGCUAGCAUCAAUGUCUCCCGCAUUUGCCUGAAGGAUCAAAAGGAAAUAAUCUACAUAUCCAUUGCAAGCCUCGACGACAACGGCUCUGAGACUCCAAGUUACUUUUCCUUCAACUGUGAGGAUGGUGCAGGCUGGCAAACCGGCGCAACGGCUUCAAGUCCUGAUGACAACAGCACUGAAGAUUCUACUUCAGGUACAAGCUGGUACAGCUCUGUUUUCGUGAGGUUCGUCUUCGGCAUCGCUUUGGUCGCGAUGGGUAGGUCUUGGGUAGCCAAGACCUACCAGGGUAACCUCAUCCGCCCUCCAGCUCCCGUCCUGUAGUCCUUUACUCCUCAGCUACUUCCUCAAGGGAACUCGUUCGUCCAUCCAGAUGACCAAGAAAAAUCCCAGAAACGCUACGAGAACGAGAAAGAGCACGUGUGCAGGAAUGUUUAAUUAGACGCUUUGAGGGUCCAGUUGGCCAGGGAGAAGGGCGCUGAGCCCGUGCAACCAGCCUGCCUGCUCACUCCAUUUUGGCGAAGGAGUGGCAGGAUGUAGAUGAGAACUGAAAUGAGAGGCAUGGAAUCUAAGAUGGUUUAGAGCAGGGAGAUUUUUGUUGUCUCUCUUGUGUAUUUUGUUUUUGUUUACCGCCCGAGACCGGUUACGCCACCACCGAACUAGAUACUAUUCUUACAGAGUAAUGUAUAUUCAUACGCUCAGAAUAAGCACAUGGUUUAAAUCUUCAAAAUACUUAUGAAUUUUUUCAUAAACUACAUAAAAUUGUCAGUUCUAUCCCAGAUCUAGAAGUUUCUAUAUCAACUUCUCUAAUGCUCUCAAAGCACGCAACCUUUAGCAUUGCGUUAUGUAAAUGAUAUCAUAAUUUCAUUAACACCGAGAAUUUUGAUUUGAUUGUGAUUAUGAUUUGUUUUAAAUCAUUUUAGUGAUUGUCUCAGAAAGAAACUCAGUAAGAAACUAAAUUUAUUAAAUAAAAAAAAAUAUCAAAAUUUCUCAUGAUCUGGAAGACGAAAAUGUGUAUUUUUGACUAUUUUAUCUCCAGAUUUCAACUCUCAUAAUAAAUGACGGGGCAUGCAUUUAAACAAGACAUCCCUGUCUAUUUUCGGUUGAUUUUUCUAACUUUAACACAGCUAUUAUCCCUUCCUUUUCUAUGUUUCUCCUGCGUCCUCGUUGUAUUAUACUCUGCCUUUCCUGUUAAGGCUACAGCAAUAUUUUUUCUCGAAUAGCGGGCGUCUGGUGAUAAUGAAAUG